AUGUACUGGCCUAAUGGAGUCCCCCGAGUCUACGCGGCCAAUGGCCCUAACAUUGCCCAUACUUCCUCCCACUUGAAUGGCAAAGGUGCCCCGGAUAAUUUCCCCCAACCUCAAAGCUCGACAGAAUCAGUUAAUGAUGGCGAAAACUCGCAAAUUCUUACAAAUCCAGACGACCAUCCCACCCCCGAGCCGUCUGUCGAAACGCCAGCUCCCAGGUGGGAAGAUGAAGCUAUCAAUGGCCUCUGUGUGUCCCGGACCGGUCUUAUGUUCGCGACUUUAACCCCGUCAUCUAUUUCAUUAUGGCAGACUAGGCCAACCGCCGUAGUGGCUUCGAUAGCAAGGUCCACAUACUCGAUAGAAACCUACGGAUUGAAUAUUGCACUUUUGAUGCACCCAGACUCAACAAUUUUGGUUGUACAGACCGAGAAUGGAUACCUCCUCACCUAUUCAGUAGCGUCAGACCCAGCUACACGAGUCUACCAGCAACAAUUUGAUCACUCGACAAAUCCACGACGUCAGCAACUUGCACAUUUCUCAGCUGUUGAAGAGUCUAAUGUUGUUGGUGAUAUAAGUAUUCGAUUCCGAAUGGCAAUCAAGAUCGAGUCCGGCAUUGUCAAGGCUCUAGCGUUGGACGAUGAGCUUGUUGUUGCUACUGUCAAGCCCCCAGCCAUACAGUGCAUCCGAUGGGUAACAGAGGAAGGAGAGCAACAAACGACAUCGGAGUUGCUGAGCCGUAUAAUUGGUGUGCCAAAAACGGUGUCAAUAAAGGAUAUGGUCUAUGAUCGUGCGAUGAACCUUUUGAUCUGGCUGACGAGUAAUGGCCAAGCAUAUGCUGUACAACGAGUCCCUGGAGCACACACAGACUCUGAUAUUCCAAAGAAGCUCUUUUAUGGUCAUUGCUUUCACAAACCUGAGGAUGUUGGCGCUGAAGCCAUGAAAGUUGCAGUUAAUGCCCGUUUUUCCUUGCUGACUGUGAGCUGUGCUAACGGUGAGGUCCUGGUCUAUACGGCCAAGGACUACAUGGGAAACAUUCCGCUCUCGCAAAAGCUACCACUUCCAGUAUCGCUUAAUACCUCAGGUGCACUAACAUUUAUGAGCUAUUCGGCAGAUGGAUACUGUCUCUUUGCAGGAUACGAACAUGGAUGGACAACUUGGAGUGUCUUUGGGAAACCUGGUGGAAAUAGCUUCACAGUUGAUCCAGCUUUAGCAAAAUUUAACAGGGAGAACUGGCUUACAGGGGUUUCUAGCGGCUGCUGGAUAGGAGGAGGAUCAGACAUCAUUCUGUCUGGACAGAAUGAUCGACGCCUCUGGAUUCUUGAAAUGGCACGUAGCGCCUUGACUGGAUGCUUCUCCGCUGCCAACCUUGCUCGAGGAUUGUUGCAGACCGGAACUGAGUUCAUACUCUAUCGUGGCCAUGACUUACCUGAUUUGACAACCAUAUCAGGUAAAGAUUCCCUCUGGCUUCAUUCCCAGUACCCCCCGGCAUAUCUCCACUCACAAUGGCCGAUUCGAUCGUGUGUCGUAUCCCAGGACGGACGGUAUGUCGCAAUCGCAGGUCGACGAGGAUUAGCACACUACAGUGCGACCAGUGGUCGUUGGAAAGUUUUCGAGGAUUCCAAUGUGGAGAACUCUUUUGCCGUUAGAGGUGGAAUGUGUUGGUACGGGCACAUCCUCAUCGCUGCUGUCGAAAGUGAUGGGUCCUACGAACUCCGUCUCUACUCGCGUGAAUCACCGUUGAACAAUAACUCUAUCAUGUUUACAGAGUAUCUUCCUUCUCCAGUGGUGUUUAUCGGUCCGUCCGGAGAAGAUUCUCUCCUAGUUUAUACCCACGACAAUAUUCUUUACCACUAUAUUAUAGACGCCUCUCAGCCACAGAUCACCAUUGUCCCGGUGGGACAGAUUGCAUUUAAUGGGAUUGUUCGAGCCCCGACCCGAGUGCGGGCAAUCAGCUGGGUCUUGCCCGAGGAGCAAAUACCAGGAAAUGGCGAUCCUUCACAGGACGUUAAGGUCGCAUCUGUGCUUCUCCUUGUUGAUGGUAAUCUUGUUCUAUUGCAACCAAUAGUCUCAGAAACAGGCGAUCUCAAGUACGAUAUGCGUGUGAUAUCUCAAGAUGUGGAAUACUACAUCCUCAUGCGUGAUCAACUUUCAUUCCUGUUCUCUCCGCAGGUUGACCUAUCGCUUCCGCCUAGUCCAUCUGCUGAAAUGGCACUCGGACCCACCUACAGCAGCCUGUCACUCAACGACUCUCUUUGGAUGUUUCGAGGACAGGACUUAUUGGCGUGGAAUGACAUUAAUGAUGUUCUUCAGCAAGAAACAGUACCUACACCACUACAUGUUCCUCUGGAUUUCUAUCCACUAUCAGUACUGUUGAAUAAGGGCAUUGUGCUAGGUGUAGAGUCUGAAAUGAUGCAGCGACGGGAUGUGACCUUUACUAGCCUCAAGUUUGCUAUCCGGACCCAUCUUUUUCUUCCAUACUUCCUCCAAUACACCUUGAUAAAGUUUGGAACACCAGCUGCACUCUCACUGUGUCGGCAUUUUUCUCACCUUUCAUACUUUGCUCAUGGCCUUGAAAUUCUUUUGCAUCAUGUUCUCGACGAAGAAGUCGAUAACGAGAGUAACGCACGGAAAUCCGAUAGUCCAGUCGAUCGCGAAGGCCCUCUUUUACCCACUGCCAUUGCCUUCCUCCAGGCAUCCCUCCCUCCUCGUGACUACCUCGACAUUGUUGUUCAAUGUACUCGAAAGACUGAGUUGCGAUCUUGGCGCACGCUCUUUGAGUACCUCCCACCGCCAAAGGACUUGUUUGAACAAGCGCUUCAACUGGACUCGCUCAAAACGGCCGUUGGGUAUCUUCUCGUUCUACAAGCCUUUGAAGAUGAGGAAGAAGAUCAAGGUCACGAUAGCCGCAUUGAAGAAUACGUCGUCCGUCUCAUCGGACUAGCCUUGAAAAAGGAAGACUGGGAGCUCUGUGCUGAGCUCGCCCGUUUCUUGAUAGCUCUUGAUGCCUCAGGUGAAAUGCUUCAACGUGCCAUCUCUCGUGUGGGGCUGCGAUCUGGGACUCGGCCCUCAGUUAAUGGAAAUCAUUCUGGCCUGCCUUCCAGAUCUGGAUCUGCUACUAGUGUUAAAGGGCUUGGACUGAGCUUGCCUAUCCGAGCCCCCUCAUGGUCGUCAUUGUCUCCGACGUCGUCGUUGUCACCACAGGGUGAAUCUCAUUAG